GUCUGCAAAUCCGCAUCGAGAGCCGCAAGGUCCCUUCUCUCUGCUUCCAAAGGCUCUCGGUUUUAUUCAGAAGGACGCGCAGCAGCAUCAGCUGGAGCUGUUUCAUUGAGCAGGAAAAUGCCAUUUUUUGCUUCAAACUAUGGCAGGGCACGUGCUGAUUCUGGCCCUGCAUCCUCAUCAUGGGUCUCUGGAGCUCUGGCUCUUCCUGCUGCAGCUUACAUGCUUCAGGAUCAAGAGGUGCAUGCUGCGGAGUUGGAGCGCACUUUCAUUGCCAUUAAGCCUGAUGGGGUGCAGAGAGGCCUGAUCUCAGAGAUCAUAUCUCGUUUUGAGAGGAAAGGAUUCAAGCUUGUGGGAAUUAAAGUAAUCAUCCCUUCAAAGGAGUUUGCCCAAAAGCAUUAUCAUGACCUCCAAGAUAAACCAUUCUUCAAUGGGCUGUGUGAUUUCCUAAGCUCUGGUCCUGUCAUUGCAAUGGUGUGGGAAGGACAGGGAGUUAUUACCUAUGGCAGAAAACUGAUUGGAGCCACAGAUCCUCAAAAAUCAGAGCCCGGAACUAUUAGGGGUGAUCUGGCUGUUGUCGUUGGAAGAAAUAUCAUCCAUGGGAGUGAUGGUCCGGAGACUGCAAAGAAUGAGAUUAAGUUGUGGUUUAAGCCAGAAGAGUUGGUCAGUUUCACUAGCAAUGCGGAGAAAUGGAUUUAUGGUGUCAACUGAUUCCUUUUUCCCUCAGAUAGAGAGCCAGUAUUUUUUGGAAUAACUUAUUAGGCUGAGAAGUAAAUCAUGUUCAUCACUUCAAGCUACAAAUAAGCGGGAUUUGGAUAUAGUAUGUUAGCUCCUACAUUUCACUCUAAUAUUAGGAACUUAAUAAUUGUUCGAUUUCACCUGUCGGGUGAAGAGUGAAGACAAUUUGUGACUAUUUAUUUGCUUCACGUUACCAAUAAACCAAAACAGGUAAUUUAUGCGAGAGAAAAAGAAAACAGAUCAUUUAAGGAUAAAUACCAUUUGAAAAUUUAUUUUCUGUUUA